UGUGGCCUGCUUUUGAAUUUCUCCCCUCAUCGAGUCUGAAGCCCCAAGGGGCACUGCUGAUUCCUUGGGAAGAUGUCCCUGUCCUCCGUGUACGAGCACAAAUUUGCUGAGAAGCUGACAAUUCUUAAUGACAGGGGCAAGGGGGUGCUCAUCCGCAUAUAUAACAUCAAGAAGACAUGCACGGAUUCCCAGACCAGGCUUCCUUUCCUUACGGAGAAGGCAAUGGAGUCCUCUAUCAAAUAUAUCAACAAAAAGUUUCCCAAUUUGGACACACGGAGCAGCACGCAACACUUGGGUCCGGUACACAAAGAGAAAGCAGAUAUUUUUCGGACAGUCACUGCCUAUUAUCAGACCUUUGUGGAUGUAAUGGAAUUCCGGGACCAUGUUUAUGAACUGCUGAAUACCAUAGAUGCAAGCCAGUGCUACUUGGACAUCAAUGUGAAUUAUGAUUUCACCAAGAACUACCUGGACCUGAUUGUCACCUAUGUUUCUGUCAUUGUACUUCUUUCCCGUAUUGAUGAUCGUAAAGUCCUGAUUGGUUUGCAUCACUGCACCCAUGAAAUGAUCCAUGGAAUCAGUGAUUCUAGCUUCCGUCGAUUGGGUCAGAUGAUCAUUGAGUACGAAAAUCCCUUGCGCAAACUGCUGGAGGAGUUUGGACCUCAUACCAAGACUGUGAGCCAUGCACUUCUUUCACUCCACUUCCUGUUUGUCCGUCGAAACCAUUCCGCUGACCAGUGGCGAGCUGACCAGCUCUUCAGUUUGAUCAGCAAUCCUGCCAACAUGCUGUCUCCUGCCAGUUCAGACACUAUGGCCUGUGAAUACCUUUCAUGGGAGGUUCUCGAGCGAUGGAUUGUGAUGGGGUUCUUGCUUUGCCACAGUUGCCUGGGCUCCACCCAGAACUGCCUGGAACUUUGGCGGAUGGCUCUUCGUGGCUCACUCUACAUCACACUGAUACGAGAUGAAGUGCUUUCUAUUCACAAGGUGACAGAAGAGGCCUUUAGCAGCAUUAAAGGCUAUGGGAAACGUAUCACUGAUAUUAAAGAUUGUAAAGAGCAUGCUCUACAACAAAGUGGACAAUUACAUCGAGGCCGGCGUAAUUUCCUGAGGAAUGCUGUGCGGGAGAUGGAGGCUAUUCUGGCCAAUGAACCUGGACUGCUGGGCCCCAAGGCAAUUUAUGUCUUCAUGGCUCUGUCAUUCUGCCGGGAUGAGGUUGCCUGGCUGUGCAGACAUAGUGAGCACAAAGGCAAGAACCAAGAGGAAUUCACUGACAGGUAUGCAUACACCAGUGUCACUAAGGCUCCAUUACAACUGCGGGAGAAUCAUGAUCUUGCCAAGGUGAUGAACCUCAUUGUCUUUCAUACUAAGAUGCUAGACUCUCUGGAAGAGCUCAUAGUGGAGACAUCCGAUCUCUCCUUCUUUGGUUUCCACAUGCGUCAUUUGGAGAAGUUAUUUGCUGCCUCCCUAGAGGAACCAUCCAUGUUGCGUUAUGUCAUUGUCUUCCCACUUCUGUGUGCUGAUUUCAUCAAUGCAAUCCAUCCAAUGUGCCCCGAGGAGUAUCCGCAUCUGCGCACCUGUGCCUUGGCCCUAUGCAACAACUUCCUGGAAGAGAUUGCAAAGCAGACUUCGAACUGCAUCCUUGAUGCUUGUGCUGAACAAUGUAAUCUGAGCGAGCAACUCUUACCCAAGCACUGUGCACCCACCAUCAGCAAGGCCCGAACCAAGAGGGCUCAAAAAAAAACUUCCAAAAAGUUAGAGCCAGAAAGGGAUAAACCUGGAGCAGAGAGCAUCCGGAAGAACCGCAGUCUGGUUACAAAUCUAGACAAGUUGCAUCUGACCCUGUCUGAGCUUUGCUGGACCAUAAACCAAGCAAACAGCAUUGUUGUCUUUGAGCAUAUAGUAACUCCAGUGGAGUAUCUCAGUAGCCAGCUGGAGAUCCGACUCAGCAGAUGUUUGGCGCGACUGGUAAAACCAAACCCAGAUUCUCCAGAGAUAGUGCGUCCCACAGAAGUAUUAGCAGGCGUGCAGGCCUAUGCUACUUUCCUGGUGUCCCUGAUGCAUCGUGUGGGAGUGGAUACUUCGCGCGUCCUCCGUGGAGUGCUCCUGCAGCACACCCAGCCACUGGAUGCAAGUGGGGAGCAGACCAUCACCACGCUCUAUACCAACUGGUAUCUGGAGUCACUUCUACGCCAGACAAGCAUGGGAUCCAUUGUCCUUUCGCCUUUAAUGCAAGCCUUUGUCAGUGUUCCCAAAGAAGGGGAACAGAUCUUCAGUGCUGAAGAAUUUUGUGAUGUCCUAGAAAUGAGAGCAUUGGCUGAACUCCUUGGUCCUUAUGGAAUGAAGUUCCUAAGUGAUAACCUCAUGUGGCAUGUCACCUCACAGAUGGUAGAGCUAAAGGAACUUGUGACUGAGAAUAUGGAUGUUUUGGUUCAGAUCAGAUCCAACUACUGCCAUCCAGAGCAGAUGGCAACGUUAAUGCCCCGCCUAUCAGGCAUAGAUAAUGUUCUAAAAAGGAUGACAAUUAUUGGGGAGAUUCUGUGGUUCCGAUCAAUGGCACAGGAGGGACUUCAGGAGGUUUUCAGCAACCAUUGCCCUUUCCUGAUGGGACCCAUUCAGUAUCUGAAAGAAUUUGUCAACCCUGAGAUGGACAUAAAGGUGACUUUGAGCAUCUUUGAACUGGCCACAGCUGCAGGACUCACCUGUGACAUCGACCCAGCCCUGGUCUCUGCACUCUCCAACCUGAAGAAAGGUAAGGAUACAGCUUACUAACUGGCUUGCCCCAUUAAGAUAAAAGUGUAGGGCUGCAGCAUGCCUUCCUUAACUACAAUUCCUUCCUCCUACCAUUCUAUCAGUGGCCCCAAAGACAGUUAUAGGAACAAUACCCACUGCCUUGCCAAAGCUAUCAUCCAGGUGUCGGCUGCCCUCUUCACCAUCUACAACAAAAAUAUUGAGAGCCAUCUCAAGGAAUUUCUGGUUCUGGCUUCUGCUAGCAUCUCACAGGGAGGGCAAGAAGUUGACCGGAUGAAAGCCAAGAACUGGGAGUCCAUCUCAUUGCUCCUGUACUUGCUUGUGGAAGAGUCAUCCUUCUUGACCGUUGAUAUGCUGGAAACCUGCUUCCCUUAUGUGCUGCUGCGAAAUGCUUACCGUGAAAUCUCCCGAAACUCACUUAUGAGUCGUCUCCCUGCACAUUGAAAAGCCUUGCCUUCUGGCCAUCCACCCGGAUUGCCAGCUCAUCAAUUAGAAUAUUUGGCAGGAGUGGAUAGGAAGGAUAAUGGAUACUUUGUCUCUUUGAUCCUUCAACUUAUUGUCUAAAGAGAACCAGCUUCUUGAGUGCUUAGCUAAUAUUUGAUGGCCUUUGUUUUGGCCAGUAUAUUACUACUAGUCUAAAUUGUAUAACCAUUUGAUAGUUGCCAUCAAAGUUUUCUGGGUAUUUUAUUGGUAAAAUGAGCUAUGUUUUACCAGUUGCAGCUUUUGUGGCCUUUUAAAAAUGUCUGCUUGGAUUGACAAACCCCCAAAUAAACCCCAAAAUGUUCACUCUAGGGAGAAAGAAUAAGUGUAAAUAUUUUUCAACGUGCAUUAAUUCUUUCAAUUCACCAAUUAGGUUGUAAGCUUCUUAGUGUAGGCACCAAUUUUGUAAAAAAUAUAUUCUGCACAUAAAGUUAUAAAUGAAUGAUUAUAGUAAUCACUCCUGGAAAAGAAACAGCCAACAAUCUUGUAUUCCACAGAAAAUUUAAUCAGCCUGAUUGUUUUUGUCUUUUUUCACUUGAAAACAAUCAUAGGAAUUGUCAACAAGGAAUAGGGAAGACAUUCCUUAUACUAUCUACCCCUUAUGUCCUUUCCAGUCAGAAUAGCAAUUGAUGCACUGGUUUGAGAUGGAUGCUAUAGCCCAAAGCAUUAAGACUGAACUAAUGAUAGGGAAUAAUAAGUUAGGUUUAUACUUGCUAAGCCAUGGUUUCUUUCACAAACCAUCAUAGCUGAAUCAGACAAAACUAAGAGCCUUGACAGAAGGAUGAUCCUUUAGUCAUGCUUGAUAUCUUGGGAUAAUAAUAAAAUUGAAUCUAUCCUCAAAUUUCUUCAUCUCUUUCUUCUCCUGGCCUAAUAACACCUAGAAAAGCACACAACUUGCCCCAC